AAACAGUGGAUCAGAGAAGCACCAACGCCUGCUACGCACAGUCAUGCCAUUGGUGAAGCGGAGCAUUGAGCCCAGACACUUGUGUCAUGGUGCUCUCCCUGAUGGAGUGACCAGUGAACUGGAGUGUGUCACCAACAGCACCUUAGCAGCCAUCAUCAAACAACUGGGCAGCCUCAGCCGACACGCAGAAGACAUCUUCGGCGAGCUGUUUAAUGAGGCCAACAGUUUCUACAUGCGUAUGAGCAGCCUGCAGGAGAGAGUGGACCUGCUGGCCGUCAAAGUCACACAGCUGGACUCCACCGUAGAGGAGGUCUCACUGCAGGACAUCAACAUGAGGAAAGCGUUUAAGAGCUCCACCACUCAGGACCAGCAGGUGGUGUCCAGAAACUCCAUCCCCAACCCGGUCGUGGAGAUGUAUCACCGCUGUGACAAACCCCCACCGCUCAACAUCCUCAGCCCUUACAGGGAUGAUAAGAAGGAUGCUCUGAAAUUCUACACAGAUCCCUCAUAUUUCUUCAACUUGUGGAAAGAAAAAAUGUUGCAAGCCACCGAGGACAAGAGGAAGGAGAAGAGGCGACAGAAGGCUGGCUGUCCGGCCCACUCAGACCAGGCUAGACCCCACAGCAGGCAGGCCCUCCCCAGAAGCCCCGUGCUUGGCUCCGAACAGCAGAAGCAGGUGGAGGACCCGAGCCGCGAGGUGAAGAAGGUGCGGAAGGCUCGGAAUCGUCGGCAGGAAUGGAACAUGAUGGCGUACGAUAAGGAAUUCCGGCCGGACGCCCGCUUCACUCCUUCCCCGUAUCACGGCAUGUCCUCUGAGGGCUCCAUGUCUCCAGACAACAGGUCGGUGGCGUCAGACAUGGGGGAACACUCGUACCCCGCCAGUCCCAACCACCUGGUCCAGCAGGCCGUGUCGGCCAGCGCCUACUCCACCGCCGAAGGGAAGGAGUUGCUCAUAGCCCCUUCCCAAACCCAGUCCCUGGACCGCGGGUACCGUCCCGCGCCCGCCUCGGCCGUCCCCCCGGCCGGACGACAGACGCUGGGCCGAGUCCAGCCCCCCCACGUCCCCACGGUUACGGACCCUACCCUCAACGGCCCGCGGCAACAGUCCAUUAAGGACUACAGUGGCCAGCAGGUACAACACCCAGAAUACUUUGUACCUCCUGCUCCUCCUCCUCCUCCGCCUCCUCUCAUCCCCUCCGCCCAGACGGCCUUCGACAGCCCCGCGGCCGCUCCCUCCCUGCCCCCCGGCGCCGUGUCGGGUCUUGCCCACUCUUAUGGCCCCUCCCCUCCGACGCCGGCCCUGCCCGCCUCCUACGUGCCGUCGCCCGCGCACCCGCCCUCCGGAGCUCCGCCCGCCGCUCCACCGCCACCCCCUCCAGGACCCCCGACUCACCCCAUGGCCCCCGCCCCGUCUGAAGUCGCUCCGCAGAGGAAGAGCCAGAUGCCCCUCAUCCCCAUGAGUGACGCACGCAGCGACCUACUGGCCGCCAUCCGCAGAGGUAUCCAGUUGAGGAAGGUCCAGGAGCAGAGGGAGCAGGAGGCGAAGAAGGAGCCGGUGGGGAAUGACGUGGCCACCAUCCUGUCCCGCCGCAUCGCCGUGGAGUACAGUGAAUCCGACGACGACUCGGAGCUGGACGAAAACGAGUGGUCCGACUGAGGCUCGGACAGGCAAGAGAAAACGAGUGGUCCGACUGAGGCUCGGACAGGCAAGAGAAAUGGAGGGAUACGAUGAAGAGAGGGAGGGAGAGAUAGUUAGAUAGAUGGAUAGAUAGAAGGAAGUUGAGGAGGUUUGGACAGCACAACUAAUCAAUGUAGCACAUAGCCGCUUUCUAAGAACCGUUCCUCCAUAAACAUACAGAGAACACAGAGAACAAACACACACACACACACACACACAGAUAGCCAACCACUUCAGUGUUUGAAUGUCUGGGAUGCACAUGAAUUUGAACAAUACUAGCAUGUGUACGUUGAACAAAAAAAACAAAACAACAAAAACAAAAAACAACUUCACAUACUCAAGAUAAAUAUUAUAUUCUACAAACAUGUUCUUAUUAUCAGGUCUGCACUCUCUUAAUACCUGUGAAAAGUUGG